AUGGUGGGUUCCCUGGGGGCCCCCCUAAAGGAGGGCCCCAGGGGGCCCCCCAAGGGGCCCCCCUGGGGCCCCCUGGGGGCCCCUGGGGGCCCCCCAGAGGCCCCAGGCCUCGCCGCUCGCUGCAGCAAGUGUGGGGCCCCACAGCAGCAGCAGCAGCAGCAGCAGCAGCAGCAGCAGCAGCAAGUUCAAAAGCCAGUGACGGGGGCGGAGAACAUGGGGCAAGGCAGCAGCAGCAGCACCAGCAAAGCAGCAGCAGCAGCAAGACUACACGAGCAGCACGACGGCAGCAGCAGCAGCAGCAAAACUGCAGCAGCAGCAGCAGCAAUAACAGAAAGCGGCAGCAGCAAAACAACACCAGCAUCACCAGCAAAGCUGCACCAGCAGCAGAAGCACCAAAUCAGCAUCAGAAGCAAACCAGCAGCAGCAGCAGCAGCAAACCAGCAGCAGCAGCAGCAGCAAACCAGCAGCAAAAGCAGCAGCAGCAGCAAACCAGCAGCAGCAGCAGCAGCAGCAGCAGCAGCAGCAGCAGCAAAACCCUUGCCUGAAGGCAGCAGAGGUGACAUAAUGAAGCGGCGUUUUGGGCGUCGGCCAGUCCUGGAAAACUGUCGCCGAGGGCAGGUGCACCUGCAGCAGCAGCAGCAGCAGCAGCAGCAGCAGCAGCAGCAGCAGCAGCAGCAGCGGGUAAAUAGGCUCAAAAGAAAGGAAAUUUGA